GGAGAGGUGGUGCGUGCGCGGGGCAUGCCGGGAGUGGUUGUGUACCGUCAGCAACAUCAGGUGAAUCCCAGCAGAGGACGCGUCCAGGCGAUCGGGUAAAGCGAUUCCUGCAGGCGUUGGUUUCCCUCUUUGCCCUGGUAAAGGCAGGCUUUUAUGCGAGAGUUAACGGUGGGGUAAACUUGCCACAAACGAAGGCCAAGGGCGUCGGAGGCGAAAGGAUUUGAAUUUGUUGAAAUGAGCAGUCGUAAAUCAAAGAGUAACAGCUUAAUUCACGCAGAAUGCCUUUCACAGGUACAAAGAAUUUUACGUGAAAGAUUUUGUCAUCAGAGUCCACAUAGUAACCUGUUUGGAGCGCAAGUACAGUACAAACACUUAAGUGAGCUGCUAAAAAGAACUGCUAUCCAUGGAGAAAGUAACUCUGUACUCAUUAUUGGACCCCGAGGAUCAGGAAAAACUAUGUUAAUAAAUCAUGCUUUGAAAGAACUCAUGGAAAUAGAAGAAGUGAGUGAAAAUAUAUUACAAGUUCACUUAAAUGGACUGCUGCAGAUCAAUGAUAAAAUCGCCCUAAAGGAAAUCACAAGGCAGUUAAAUCUGGAAAAUGUAGUUGGAGAUAAAGUUUUUGGAAGCUUUGCUGAAAACCUUUCAUUUCUUCUGGAAGCUUUAAAAAAAGGUGACCGAACUAGCAGUUGCCCAGUGAUCUUCAUAUUAGAUGAAUUUGAUCUUUUUGCUCAUCAUAAAAACCAAACACUUCUCUAUAAUCUUUUUGACAUUUCUCAAUCUGCACAGACCCCAAUAGCAGUUAUUGGUCUUACAUGUAGAUUGGAUAUUUUGGAACUCUUAGAAAAAAGAGUGAAGUCACGAUUUUCUCACCGUCAGAUACACUUAAUGAAUUCAUUUGGUUUUCCACAGUAUGUUAAAAUAUUUAAAGAACAGUUAUCUCUACCUGCAGAAUUUCCAGAGAAGCUUUUUGCUGAGAAGUGGAAUGAGAAUGUUCAGUGUCUCUCAGAAGAGAGAAGUGUGCAGGAGGUACUACAGAAGCAUUUCAAUAUCAGCAAAAACCUGCGGUCAUUACACAUGCUAUUGAUGCUUUCUUUAAAUCGAGUAACAGCAUCACACCCAUUUAUGACUGCUGUAGAUCUAAUGGAAGCAAGCCAGCUGUGUAGCAUGGACUCAAAAGCAAAUAUUGUACAUGGUCUAUCAGUCUUGGAAAUCUGUCUUAUAAUAGCAAUGAAACAUUUAAAUGACAUCUAUGAGGAGGAGCCAUUUAAUUUUCAAAUGGUCUAUAAUGAGUUUCAGAAGUUUGUUCAAAGAAAAGCGCAUUCUGUUUAUAAUUUUGAAAAACCUGUUGUCAUGAAGGCUUUUGAACACUUGCAACAAUUAGAAUUAAUAAAGCCCGUGGAAAGAACUUCAGGAAAUUCACAGAGAGAGUACCAGCUGAUGAAACUGCUUUUGGAUAAUACUCAAAUUAUGAAUGCUCUGCAGAAAUAUCCCAACUGUCCUACAGAUGUGAGGCAGUGGGCAACAUCCUCACUCAGCUGGUUAUGAAUAUCACCAGUGACUACAUCUUUGGCACUUCAUUCAUACUUCUCUAGAGAAUGAAAAACUAUUGUCCUUUAACAUGGUAACAUUUUAUAAAUAUUUUUGUACUUAUGUGAGACUUAAACGUGCACUGUCUUGGCUGUCUUGCCUUUUAAUCAUGAAUAGUUACAUGAUUUAUCAUUUCAGUGAUUGAGAUUUAUCAUUUCAGUGAUUGAGAUUUAUCAUUUCAGUGAUUGAGAUUACUUUGUAAGUAGCAGUUCAGAAGAAUAAAAUAUGACUGCUUUAG